ACGCCGCCCUUGCAACCCGCCACCUCCGUCAAGCUGUUGCGUCUUCUCGACCACCGGGAGAUUCGGUGACAUUGCAGCCCAUGUAGCAAGGCCCAUCAAAGGAGAGAAGUCUAGAAGCGCACGCAAGUACAGGAAAGGGAGAGACACCAGUCGCGAAGAUAUAUAAAUCGAUACUCACGCGGUCACGCACUCACGCCCCCCACCCCAACUCACGAAACUCCGGCACCACAUUUCCUCCGCCCAGGCCAGGCACCCCGCAUCCACGCCCACCCCACCGCACCGCCUCCGCCAUGGCCUACACCUCCGCCGCCACUGCCACCGCCGUCGCCGUGCUCCUUCUCGCGUCCUCGUGCCUAUCCACUGCACAAGUAAUCAGACCUGAGUUGAUCUAUGCCUUCGUCCGCGAGCAGAUGGGGGCGGCGGACCUUGUCUCCUGGGCUCGCGAGAUUGCCUACGCGCAGCGCGAGAACUGGUGCGGGGAGAAGGGCCGGCGCCGCCCGCGCGACUUCCCUUUCAAGCUUGGAUCCGAUUGGCGGCAUCCCAUCGGUAUGAAGGACGGCUUCACUAGGGUCGAGGGCCGUAUGUGGGGAGUCAUCGCCUUUGCCCGCGGCCUUCAGACUUACCUGUGCUCUGCCAAGGCGGAGCCGGAGGAACGCCGCUGCUGCUGCUGCGGUAGCUCAAGUCGCCGCUGCUGCUGCUGCUGCACACCGGGGUCUCUACAACCUGGAGUUCCAGUGCAAGCUGCUGGAGGGAGUCAAGCUGCUGAUGGGGAUCGCCAGAAACCCACGCCCCGCCUGCGCUGAGGGGGGAUUUCCUGGAGGACGUGAAGGAUGAAGGAAGUGAAGCUUGAAGCUAGGAGACUCUUCAGCUUUCUGUUGUUCCAUUUUUUGCUCCCGAUGGUGCUGCAGUUUUGCAUAGUGUGUUGAGUCAGGCUUGUUCUGAAAUUAGUUUCUAUGUUACAUGGUUGUUUUCAGAGUCGGAACCUGGGAACCCUGGGUGUCGCUUACAGGGUGGCCUUGGCCCGAAUCAGGUCCUUCUGCCCCUGUUUCUUUAGACGUUUGCUCCCUCCCUCUGUGAUGUACCAAACUAUCGGUAUUUCAGAACCUCUGUGAUGUACCAAACUAUCGGUAUCAGAGUAAUGGAAAUGGGGCUUGCCUCGUGUCGAAAAGGAAA